AGGAGCGAGCAGGAAGGCGAGAAGCAACCACUUUUUUUUAUCUCUCUCUCCACGUUAACAGCCUUUUUCCGCCUCUUCCCUUGUCGCCGAUUGCGCUGCUGAGAGACGCCAGAGGGACCGGUUCGGAGUUCUUGCAGGUUUGUGGAUCGCGGGGCAGAGAGAAGGUCUGGAGGGAUUUCUGCCCCGCUUCUUUUCUACUGCCCACCCCCCACCACCACCACCACCAGAAAGGGGGGGAAAGCUGCAAGACCGCCAGGCGCCUUUUAAAAGGAAACCCUUUCGCCUGCUCCACGUUUCCACGCUUCAUUCAAUCCGCGGCGCGUUUUUCCCUUUUUUUUAAUUUUGGAAACUCUGCAAAGGGAAGAGACGAGAGGGGAGAUGGAGAAGGCACGAAGGUAUUUAUGAUUAAGUGACCCCGGAGCCAGGCGAGGAGCAUCGGAGCUUGGUGCUGUUCCUACACAAAGCUACCAGGGUUUGUUUGCUUUUUGGAAACAGCACGUAAUUCUGAACCGGGAGCGGGAAAAGCAAAAGAUUUCAGGCUCUCUUACCGAAACCUAGCUUACUUUUUUGUGCUUGUUUUCCGCAAAAACUCCCAGAGAGAUUUCCCCCUCGAUUUAACAGACUUUAGAGACCUGCUGGACAAAAUCACUGUUGCUAAAAAUAAACCUAGUGGUUUAAAGCUCUCGUUCCCUCCCCCCCCCCCACUUUACAACUCCCCCCAACCCCUCCCCUCCACCCCUUUCCCCCGCCCCUUCUGAGAGUGUGUGUUUGUGUUUGACAAAGAAAUGGUUUGAACUUCCCACUGACUCUUGAGAGAGAAAAAAAAGAAAGAAAAGAAAAGGGAAACGGAAUAGCAGUUUUGACAUAUGGAUGUGAUUUGUCAGCCAGGGGACAGAUGCGUCCAGGCAGAAGGCCCUGCCACCAGGGACUGAGGCUGUGUCUGCAUUGGGGCGCUCAGCACCCCCAUUCCAUGCACUGCCCUCCGCUUUGCCUCUUCCGACCCCUUUGAAACUCUUCAGUCAUGAGAAAGCGAGGCAAAGAGCUGUUCUUCCUCGCCUCCUGCCUUUGGGGCUAACCCUGCCACCGCGCCCCACCUUUCCCCCCUAAACCCUGAAACCCCCAUCAACAAACUGGGGUCUGCCAUUAACUCAAGGAACACGGUGACAGGAUUGCACAGGACAGUCCAGCCCGCUUGAGACUUCUUGGAUGUUGCAGAGAGUCUCUGUUUGGCUAUGGGAUCCUAUCUGGUGUAUCACAGCUUGGGUCUGGUCAUAUGCUGUUUGGUGCUGAGUUCCGUCUUCGGGUUGGAGGAUGUGGAUGACGUCCUGACAAAGGAGGAGCAGAUCUUCCUGCUGCUCAAAGCCAAGGCCAAGUGUGAGCGGCAUCUCAAGGCCAAAGGACCCAAACUGCAAGAUGGCUUCUGCAUCCCCGAGUGGGACAACCUCAUCUGUUGGCCCGAAGGUGCCCCAGGCAAGACAGUGGCCAUGCCCUGCCCAGAUUACAUCUACGACUUCAACCACGAAGGUCAUGCCUAUCGACGGUGUGACCUGAACGGCAGCUGGGCUCUGGUGCCCAGCAACAACCGCACUUGGGCCAACUACAGCGAGUGUGCCAAGUUCCUCACCAUCAACACCACGGAAAGGGAAGUCUUUGACCGCCUUUAUUUGAUUUACACCGUUGGGUAUUCCAUCUCGCUGGGGUCUCUAACCAUCGCUGUCCUUAUCCUAGGAUACUUCAGGCGCUUGCACUGCACAAGGAAUUACAUCCACAUGCACCUGUUUGUCUCCUACAUGCUGCGAGCCAUCAGCAUCUUCGUGAAGGACGCCGUCCUGUACUCCGGCUCGGCGCUGGAAGAGAUGGAGCGGAUCUCGGAAGAAGACUUCAAGUCCAUCACGGAGGCACCUCCAGCAGACAAGUCCCAGUUGGUGGGUUGCAAGGUGGCAGUGACCUUGUUCCUAUACUUCCUGGCCACCAACUACUACUGGAUCCUGGUGGAAGGACUCUACCUUCACAGCCUCAUCUUCAUGGCCUUCUUCUCGGAGAAGAAAUACCUUUGGAGAUUCACGCUAUUUGGCUGGGGGCUCCCUGUUGUGUUUGUUACAUUCUGGGCGACGUUAAGGGCGAUGUUUGCAGACACAGAGUGCUGGGAUUUGAGUGCUGGCUACUUCAAAUGGGUUAUUCAAGUGCCUAUCCUCAUAGCUGUAAUGGCAAAUUUUAUCCUUUUUAUCAAAAUUCUCAGAGUCCUCGCAACCAAACUCCGAGAAACAAAUGCGGGGAGGUGCGACACGAGGCAACAGUAUAGGAAGCUUCUGAAAUCCACCCUGGUCCUCAUGCCUCUCUUCGGAGUUCAUUAUAUUGUUUUUAUGGCUAUGCCGUACACCGAAGUGUCAGGGAUUAUCUGGCAAAUUCAAAUGCACUAUGAAAUGCUCUUCAACUCUUUCCAGGGGUUUUUUGUCGCCAUUAUCUAUUGCUUUUGCAACGGGGAGGUUCAAGCAGAGAUAAAGAAGUCAUGGAGCAGAUGGACGUUAGCGCUUGAUUUUAAGCGCAAAGCUCGCAGCGGGAGCACCACCUACAGCUAUGGGCCCAUGGUGUCCCACACCAGUGUGACCAACGUCACCGCGAGAGGCGGGGUCGCCCUGCAGCUCAAUUCGAAACUCCUUCCAGGAGCCCUCAACGGACACCGGAACUUGCCGGGAUAUGUCAAAAACGGCUCCAUUUCGGAGAACUCUAUGCCUUCCACUGGACCGGAACAGUACAACAAAGACGAGGAGUAUCUCAACGGGUCGGGACUCUACAACGGAGACCGGCCAACAGUCCUCGUGGAAGAGGAAAAGGAGACGGUGAUGUAAAGGGGUGGGUGGGAGGAAUGGUCAGACGUCCAAAGGAGAAGUGACCCAGGAAGUACUGGGUGUUCACAGGAAUCCCCGGGCCAUCACUGAAUGCCGAGGUUCUCAAGACAUUUUUCCCCCCGUUCUUCGGAACGAGGUAUUGAGUUCCGUGGGGAAAUGCAGGUCCACGGUCCGAUCACACACACAAACAAACAAACACACACUUUUGUUCCCUGGCUUGCUCUCUCACUUUCUCAAGGUGUUUAUGAAGGCAAGGGCUCUCCAGACCCAGGAGAGCUCGUCAUUCCCGGUUAAAAUGAAGGAGAUCCUCCAAGUUUACAAAGACAGCACUCUGAGCGUUAUCUGCCACUGAAAUAGAAAUGGAAGAAGAUGUCGUGCGUCAUGUUUUGGCACCAAGAGAGUGAAGGGUAGAGCAUCAUUGUCCGGCGGUGGUGCAAGCUUGCCCCAAGGCCUUCCUGGGCCUUCCUGAACGUGACCCUUUCCCAUGUUUAUUGGAAAGAAACGGGGUUUGUCAUGUGGUUGAUGCACCCAAGAGAGGUUCAGCCCAAUGAACCCUCAUUUCUUGCUGUCACUAACUGGGGUCUGCUUCCUGGAAAGGCUUUAAAUAGUUGUUCCUCCUUUGAUUAAGAUCCAGUCCUCGAAAGACCCGGUUGCAUGUCCCUACAGGAAGCAGGAAACCUUUCAUCUGAACAACGUGGGGUUUUUACUCCCGGUAAUUCGCUUUAAUAACAGCCGAAUAGAAAUCGUGGAGGGUACCUUUGUCUGAGCGGAGCUGAAAUUCUGUGUGAAAGGAACCAGUGCAAUUGAACGGAAGCAGCUGAGAGCUGGCAGCCCAGCUUUCACGCCAAUCUCAUCCAUCCUGCUUUGUGGGUGGGGGGGAUCAGCGCUGCAACAUUGUAUGUUUGGCUGUCAAUUUCAUUGCCCCCCGCCCAGCACAAAAGAAUCCUGGAAAUUGUAAUCUGAUGGGCACAUCAAUCAUUCUUGUCCUCUCCCAGAAUGAUAAUUUCCAGGAUCCCUGGAAAGGGAAUGCCCUUGAUAACCAAUUUAAAUCGGAAAUGUAAAGGCACCCUGAGAACCAGCGGGGUCAGGUAGAAGUGAGAAGGGUUUCGAUAGCAGUGAGGGGCGAGUUAUAUGAAUCCUAUGAUGAAGUUUCUCGACUGGCCCAUUUUGCAGAUCCAGGAUUGGGGGGACACCUUUGGCCUUCUGAAUAUUGCUAGACUGCAACUCCCAUCAUCUGUACAUACCACUGGCCAUGCAGGGGCUGGUGGGAGAUGUAGUCUGACAGCUACUGGCGCGCCCCCCCCGUACUCAGGGCCGUCUUAAGCAAAUCUAGUGCCGUGGUGCAAAGGUCCCUCUGGCGCCCCUCCCUUUCCCCAAGCUGCUCUCUCUCUCGCCCUGGCUCAGGGUCCCCAGCGCCACCAGCCCAGGCUUCCCGCCGCCCCUCACCUGCUGCGCAGUGUCCCACUGCCAGGUCACGCCACCGACCCCUCUCUGCCCCAGCCAGGGCGCAGGCAGCUCCCCACCUCCCGCCACCGCAUGGCCCAACGGCCACCAUCCGCACCGGAGGAAACAAGCAUGAGCGGUGAAUUCCGGGUCCUGCAGUGCGCCGCUUGUUCGACUGACCGGUCCUCCGCCUGCACUCUCUCGCUGCGCUCCCAGCGGCCCGAGGAGCAGGAGGCGGUUGCCACACCGCCGCCUGGGCCCCAGAGUGGUGGUGGUGGGGCGGCGGCCACCAGAUGUGGAGGAGGCCCCUCGGGAGCCGCUCCCGCCACCGCCGCUCCCGCAGGCGACAGCAGCUUGGCGGGCAGCGGCUGAGGGGAUUCCCGCGGCCAAAGGAGAGGAGGAGGAGGCGUCUGCGGAGCCAUAGGGCUCAGACAUCAGCUGUCUGGCAGGUGCAGCAGCGUCCCUGGUGGCCAGGCGCCCUGGCGCAUUGCGCCACCCAGCCCAGGCCUAGAGACGGCCCUGCUUGUACUAGAUUCUGGGAGCCACAUUUUGGACCGUUGAGUUUUUCAGAGCUUCUGGAGCAUGUAUCUGUACUGCCCAGUCACCAGGUGCUCCGUGUUCUCCAAAGGAUAAAGAGAUGUUGGCUAAAAGUCACAGGAAGGGCAGAGGUGAUGGUGCAAAGCAGGGGUGGUGGACCCAAAGUCCCCACCCAGCUUGGCCAGAGGUACCGCUGGUCACCUCCACCUACCCGAAAAGCCAUGCUGAAUCUCCUACCUCUGCUGUCAUAGCACCUAAUGGGGACAAUUCACAAGACCUUUUUGGACAUGAUGGUUCACGGUCGUCCAACAGCAGGGCCGGCCCAAGACAUAUGGUGCCAGAGGCACCAAGGACAAGAUGGCGCCUUCCAAUUCCACUAGUAGAAUCCAAUGGGGCUGGCAGUGAACUCAUACUUCCAGCACCAACAAUGGGGCAGUGUAUCUCUACCAUAUCUGGGGGGUUCAGUAAGCCAUCUUAGGGAGUCCGGAGCAGGCUUCCCUGGGGGACUUAGGGGAACGGUGACAGCUGCAUUCUUGCCCCCAGUAUCCUGGCACAUGUCAGAAAUUUGUCUACCACCUUGGCCACUGGCAAAGCACCAGCCUGUUCUGGCUCGCCCAGGUAAUCACCACUUGAAAACUGGUUGUGCGAAUUGUUUCUUGAGAUCUUCAAAUUCCGGAGAUUAGGGAGCAACUCAACCUCCAUCCACUGCAUAGCUGCCAAGUUCUCCCUUUCUUUAAGGGAAAUUCCCUAAUGCUGAAUAGGCUUCCUCACGAGAAAAGGGAAAACUUGGCAGCUAUGCCAUCCACACUGAUUUCAAUGGGGACAUCGUCUUAGGAUCAUGGCCCCGUUUUGGGUGGGAAUGUCUGCCCUACAGACACCUCUUGAUUUUAUACCACUUUGAUGGUCAUGGGCUCCCCUAAGGAAUUCUGGGAGUUGUAGUUCAGCAUAGAGGCUGAGAAUGCUCUGUUAGGGAUUCCGAGGCCCUUUCUGAGAACUACAGUUCCCUGGUCAGAGGGAAUAAAUCCUAAACCAGGUUCAGGAUGUAGCACAGAUAUUCUCUGUGUGCCACAGUCAGCCUCUUCUGCCUUCUCCUUUUGCAACCAACCCAAACUCUGGAAGUAAAAGAUCCCUUUGCUAAACUGCGACUGAUGCAUAACUUCCAAAAAAUUUCCAAACAUGCUUAAUAAUAAUCAAAGUAAUAUUGCAUAAAACAAUUAGGAAAUCCCAUAUCUUUUUUUUAAAAAGCCCUAUUAAAACGAGUUCCGUUGAUAUCCUUCCUUCACUCCCCAUGGGAGCAAAUUCUCCAGCACCUAAGAAACUACAGUCUUAGUUAUUGUGGGAGAGAGUUAAGAAGACAUUUAAAACUGGCUUACACACCUCAAGUGAAUUUACCUUAAUGAACCCAAGAGCAGAUUUGGGGAAUAGGGAGUCCUGGGGCUGUCCAUUGCAAAAGGAAACCAUUUCAGGGUCUGUAAGAGAGCUUUCCCCCCUUCCAUCAAGUUGUCUGAUUUCUCCUUUCUUGAGCCAGAAGACCCAAGAGGGUCAACGCGCCUAUUCUGCCAUUUUAAAAUAUAGAUAUAUUUAUCCUGUCCCCCAAAGAGGCUGAAUGCUGCAACCAGUAUCAGUUACCCAGAUUUGCACAGUUGAGCUUAUUUUGCAUAAUUUAUUCCCUGCUUUUCCUAUUUUGCAUAAUUUAUGAUGGCACUGCUAGUCAUGAGGAAGGGGAGGAGCUAAAGUAGGUCUGGAGCCCCGCCCACACACCAAACCUUUCAAUCUGGAUUCUGAGAUUUUGCUCUGACUUACCUGUGCAUUCUCAAACGUUAAGGGGUAGAAACGUGCUCUCUUUUUAAGGAAAGGAAAGGAAACUGAAAUCAACAAGAGGUAAUCACGUCCUGUGAUUAAAUCCACACACACACACACUUCCACAAAAGCACAACACGCAACUGGAGGUUCAUUAGGGGGUUUUAAGCAGAGGUUCGGUGGCCACCAUACCUGCCAAGUUGCUGUCAGAGAAAUAAGGGACCGGGCUGGAAAUAGCAGGCCAGAAGUAGCGCUGCCGCCAUUUUGGAACUGGGCGGAGCAUGUUCAGAAGUGACUUUUGAUGCUGCUUUGCCCAGUUCCAAAAUGGCCGCCGUGCCAGAAGUCGCACUGCAGCCAUUUUGGAACUGGGCAGAGCAGCAUCAAAAGUCGCUUCUGAGCAUGCUCCGCCCAGUUCCAAAAUCGCCACCGCGCCAGAAUAAACCGGGGGAAAAAAUCCAUUUUUUCAGCUAGGAACAGCUGGAAAAACGGGGAUUUCCCGGGGAAAACGGGAGACUUGGCAGCUAUGGUGGUCACCUGUCAGGUAUUCUUCAGCUGUGAUUCCUGAAUUGCAAGGGGUUGGGACUAGAUGACUCUUAGAGCCCCUUCCAACUUUUAAAGUCUAUGAUUCUAAGUAGCUGUGAGUUGAUACAAAAGCAGCUGGUGAUGGAGUCUGGUAGGAAUCCUGUGAGACCUCUAGUUCAGCCUGCCUUGCUUGGCGAUGGGAUUAGUCCUUCCCCAAGUCCCAUUUUAGAAAAGGUUAUGCCUCCCUUCUCAGCUAACCGCAUGCGUGGCAGCUGUGUCACCUCACAAAGAGGGACAGCUGACGUCAAAGUCGGAGCAUCAAACAAGCCAAUAUUUUUGAAACCUGGGUCUGCUACCAGCCUUCUGCAUUUCCCUCUCACUUGCAAGCAGAUCAGGGGGGUCCUUGGCCGUUCGUUCUCCAUCAAAAUGCAGGGAUGCAGCAACCCAAAUGGAAGAUCUCUUUUCUUGAGAGUCCUGCCAGGAUGCCCCUUUUCCCAUGGGAGCUGGGGGCAAGACACCUGGAAGCUUUCAUUGACGCCCUAAAGCAGGCAUCCCCCAAACUGCGGCCCUCCAGAUGUUUUGGCCUACAACUCCCAUGAUCCCUAGCUAACAGGACCAGUGGUCGGGGAAGAUGGGAAUUGUAGUCCAAAACAUCUGGAGGGCCGAAUUUUGGGGGUGCCUGCCCUAAAGCUUGCAUUCCAUUGAUGGUCAACUGUCAGGAAUUCUGACAGUGAGAACUGGGUCCUUUCCAACUCUGCAAUUCUAUGACUUUUCCACAUGCCUUUGGUUUCGACAUGUGGCAGGUGUAGCUUAGAUGCUAGCGCGGCCACGAACAUGUGCUACCUCUGAGGGUCACUUCUGAUGUCCCCCAAUAUUACGAUUAGGUUGGUUGUUUUCCCCGUUAAUGGAGAUGUACCCACAACUUAUUCAUAGAAUCAUAGAAUCGUAGAGUUGGAAGAGACCACAAGGGCCAUCCAGUCCAACCCCCUGCCAAGCAGGAAACACCAUCAAAGCAUUCUUAACAUAUGCCUGUCAAGCCUCUGCUUAAAGACCUCCAAAGAAGGAGACUCCACCACACUCCUUGGUAGCAAAUUCUACUGCCGAACAGCUCUUACUGUCAGGAAGUUCUUCCUAAUGUUUAGGUGGAAUUCUUGCGGCAAAAUGUAGAAUGCUGGAGAGACUUCGAUUUGGGGCCACUGGCAGACCAGGUGUCAGUGUGCCAUGCUGGGUGCAGGAAAAUGGCAACGUUCAUGUCUGGUAGGUGCGAGCAUAGGGUGCUUUUUCCAUUGCUCCUGGUUGUGGGAAACCUUCUGCCAUGUGCUUAAGAACACCAGAAACGCUCUGCUGGAUCAGACCAGUGGCUCCUCUAGUCCAGCAUCCUAUUCUCACUGUGGCCAACCAGAUGCCUGCAGGAAAGCUCCAAGCAGGAUCUGACCACAAGAGCCCUCUCCUCUCCCGGUAUUCAGAAGGAUUACUGCUUCCAGGUUGGGAUUAGGCCUAGUUUUUAAACUGCCCCUCAAUCUCCCUACAAAGUUUCUAAUGUCAGCAAGCCAAGUUCAGGUCAGGUCCAAAGUAGGCAAUGGCAUGCAAAAGAAACUCGAUUCAACAUGCAUUUAAAGGAGAAUCAACCUUAUCUUCACUUCCUAAAACGAUGGAGCAGACCAAAAUGGAACUGACCUUUGAAAUUUGCACGUCUCUGAAUUUUGCAGUCGAGUUCUACAAUCGUCACUCCAGCAAACGUGUAUGAUUUGGGGAAAAUGUGCUUGAAAAAGCCUGUUUUAGUGGGGGGGGGGCAUCCGAAAAGCAUGAUGUUAAGGGAAAUUGCCUUCAAAAACCUGAAUCUAUUAGGGGAAGCAAACACCGGAAUGCUUUUUGCGAGAACUUUCCUUCUUAAAACAAAUGUGCAAUUAACUGUGGAAAUGCAAUUAACUGAGCUGAGGUCUGCAGAAGAAACGAAACAGAGAAACCACAAUGGACAGAUUCCACCCAGCCCUAGCGAUGAGGGAGAGAGUGUUGGAUGUAAUUGCAAUGUAGCAAGGAAGGGGGGCAGUUAUAUAAUGAGAAACAAGCUGGAAAGGAGGAUCCAGCCCAAGGGAAGCGUUGGCAAUGUGUUUGACUUCACACAGCGUACUGAGAGCUAGUCGUGGAGGGUAGGGGUGCAACACACAAUUUGGUUUUCAAGAAGAGGUCAGGCGUUCUCAGAAUUCAGGAGGAGGGGAUGCAAAAUGGUCCACACAGCCAUUGCUAGCAUCAAAUUAAGGGGCAUUGCACUGAAGUCAGUUCCUGUUGUGCAGUGCAGCAUAAUAACUUUAGAAGCCCAGGCACAGAAGAGCGAUAAUUGGGUGCAAACGGCCCUGAAGCAUCCCUUCGCCUCUUCAGGCGUGCACACCUGCGGGGACGCAUUAUUACAAAGUCUGCAUUGGUUGGUCAACAUCUCCUAACAUGGCUGCUGCAGCUGCUGCUAUGGUCACACAAUGGCUGUGAACCAGAUCGUCCAGCUCACAUGCUACAUUUCUCCCAAGGCAGGUUGAGGGUUGCUAGCACUUACAGCAGGCGUAGGCAACCUUGGCUCUCCAGAUGCUUUGGAACUACAACUCCCAUGAUCCCUGAGCACUGGCCCUGUUGGCUAGGGAUCAUGGGAGUUGUAGUCCCGAAACAUCUGGAGAACCAAGGUUGCCUCUGCCUGAUCUACAGCAAUCAUGUGAACUAGCUUUCAGGUCCCACCAGGACCUACAGAUGUUGGGAACUGCCUUACACUGAAUCAGACUAUCUGGUUGACCCGGUUCAGUAUACUCCAGAAGUAGCCAAUGCGAUGGUCUCCAGAUGUUGCUGAACUACAGCUCCCAUCAUCCCUGAGAAUCGGCCACUGGGGCUGGUGGCAGUCCAACAACAUCCAUUGAGAGAGAGAGGCCCUUAAAAUCACUUUCAGAAACCUCUGUCACCCAAGCAAGCAGGCACACUCCAGCAGAAAUGGUUAUAUAAUAAUAAUAAUUUAUUAUUUAUACCCCGCCCAUCUGGCUGGGUUUCCCCAGCCACUCUGGGCAGCUUCCAACCAAAUAUUAAAACAGUACAGCAUUAAACAUUAAAAACUUCCCUAAACAGGGCCGCCUUCAGUUGUCUUCUAAAAGUAAAAUAGUAAAAUGUCUUCUAAAAGUAAAAUAGUUACUUAUUGCCUUGACAUCUGCUGGCAAUAAGGGCGGGUGCCACUACCGAGAAGGCCCUCUGUUUGGUUCCCUGUGACCUCACUUCUCGCAAUGAGGGGACCCGCCAGAAGGCCCUCGGUGCUGGAUCUCAGUGUCCGGGCUGAAUGGUGGGGGUGGAGACGCUCCUUCAGGUAUACUGGACCGAGGCCGUUUAGGGCUUUAAAGGUCAGUACCAACACUUUGAAUUGUGCUCGGAAACGUACUGGGAGCCAGUGUAGAUCUCUCAGGACCGGUGUUAUGUGGUUCAGUUUCUUUUGAGUGACAGUAAUCAAAACAAAACAAAACAGAGCAUGUACUGGCUAUGCAAAAAAAAAAAAAAACCAGGAAAAGUGAA